UCUUUUCUGUCUUGAAUUUCGGUGUUAUCAGGACUUCAUUUUACACCUGGCUAAGCUAGUUUCUGACUGUUGUUCAUUUAAACUCCUGCAAGCGUUAGUUUUUCAGAGGUUGAUAGAGGAUUUAAAAAAAAAAAACACACACACACAACUUUCUUUGUUUACUUUUAUAUUUACCGAUUUUGUUGUGUGUAAUUCCAGAAUUUAAUUGAGGGGCCGAGCUGACUGCAUACUAUGUGGCGAGAAGGUUGAAACCAAUCCAGAGCAUCCAACACAUGUCCAAGAUGACAAAACGUAAAACUACUCAAAUUUCGUUUUCAUCAAAGGAAGAUGGAAUGGUGCCUUUGAAAGUAUCACAGACUAACUCUAAACAGAACCAGAUUUAUAUCCCAAAAAAGACUGCCAAUCAUAACCUAGCUGUUGCAAAACCUGCAGCAAAGUCCAGAGUCUUGAAAAGCGGUGGAACUGUUUCUAAAGGGCCUUCGUCAAGAUGUGCAGCAGGAUCCAAAGUGUUGCAUAAAGUGUGCCUCGGUAUCAGAACUAAUUCUACAACUGCAAACGGUUCUGGAUGCAGUGGAGUGAAAUCCAGUGCUGUCAAAGCAUUACCUAAGACUAAGGUGACAUGUUUAGCCUCUGCCAGCAUCCCUGAACAACCAGUUAAACCUACGAGUACAACUAGUUCUGCUAAGACUGGGCCUGUUGGGAAAUUGGUUGGAGUAAACGCUCAAGUGUGUCCCCACCAGAGAAAUUUACCACUUUCUACCCAACUGAGCACCAUAUCUGAAAACAAGAAGCUACUGAAAGAGCCCUCCAACCUAGCUGUAAGCGGAGUGACACAAAGCAGAAGCCUUCCUAAAAUCGGAUUAAAUCAGUUGAUUAUUGUGUCAUGUCAAGAAAAACAGCAAGUCUAUUGUCAGCUGUGUUCAGUCAGGCUGAGGACGUCCACUCACUCCACCAGCUUCACUCACUGCUGGAACUUUGUGAAAAUGAAGUAUCCAGGAUGGACUGCAAAUUUAUCAGCGAUUGGGGACAAAUUCAAAGACAUUGUGGCCCAUUUAGCUGAGAUUGAGAAAACCAUAGGAUCACAGAAGCCACAGAGAAUAGAGGUGAAGAAGGUGUUCUACCUAAAGCUUGCUGCUCUCUCAGAAAUGGAAGCUAUUGAGGAACUAAAAACCAUUGCGCGACAAGACCCUCGAUACUCGUCCUCUGUAGCUGAAACUCUGCAAACGUCCCGACAGGAAGCUCAAAGCCCAUGUGAAGUUUCAAGCUCAAAUGAUGGUGUAGAUUGUAAAGCUGGUAAUCUCACUCAGGACCAUCUCCAGACAUCUGCAAGUUGCAACAAAAUGGAUCCAGAACAUGUUCCAAGCAGCGAAACUAAAGAUGCUUCUGAAACUGUGAAACAGGAACCAUUUAUGCCAGCUAUUGAUGCUCAGCCUCAAAGUCUCAUGGGUAGCUCCAGGGUGAAAGUGGAGAAAGAGGACUCCAUUUUCCCUCCAGAAAGAAUACUUUCAAAGAGUCAGUCACCCUCACAAGAUGCACCACAAGCUGGUAAUUGUCGACCAAAAGUGGAAAUCUGCAGCCCCCCGACAAGAGCAGAGCCGGUACAAAUGAAAAGGACUGGACUGAGCCACAAAGUGAGAGACGCUCCAAUGCGUGACAGACCACCUAGAGGACAUGAUGAGUUACAACCACCCUUAACUUGUUUUGGGAGGAAAGCUCCAGGCUGCAGUAAUUUGGUCCUUUUCUUGCAUGCAAAAGAAGUGGACAUUAAACAGGUUAUUGGUAUGGAGUUUUUGUGGGAGUGCAGAGGGAUUUGUCUGGGCACCUUCUAUCUGUGUGAAAGCUGUGAGGAAACCAUCUCAAACUGUGACAUCUGUCAACAUAUGACCAGUCAAGAUCACCAACUCAAAUACAUGUGGAAAAGGCACCCUGAGUUUCUGAAGAUAUUCUGGCAGGAGGAAGACUUGCCUCAAUCCUUGAAAAUCUACAUUUUGCGAGAAGUUAUCUGGAGGCUGGCAGAGCGGGACAGUUUCCAAAAAAUCGACGCAAAGUGCGUAAUACUUAAACAAGAAUUGCAUCAGUUUGUCAGGAUGGCUCAAUUCAGUGAAGCUUUAAAAAUUGUGCAGAACAUCCUUAAUGAAGAAGAGAAAUCGACCAUCCAUCUGCCGCUCAGUGCUGCAUGCCACCAGAAUGAUGAAGAAAUUACAAAAAGCACAGUUUUAGAAGAAAUGUCCAAUGUUGGAACAUCAGAUGUAAUGACAAAAAUGCACUUCAGUCCUGUGGAUAUGAACUGCUCGUCAUCAAAGACUGAUUUGGGGGGCUCUUGUGUCCUUAAUCGAAGAGCAGAUUUGGCUAAAGAUGCCAACCCUGAUCCUUUUCAAAAGCCAGUGUUGACAUCAGCCCUUGCUUUGCCUCAAAGCUCUGGUCAGAAACUAGUUCCAGAAGAAACAUCUUGCACAGCUGUUGGAACAAAACUGAACGUGUCAGUCAGUGGCCCAACUAAAAAAAGACCAGCCGUUAAAACCCUGCACAAAACCAGGAGCCCAUCAACAGACCCUCUGCCAGCUAAACGUACGCUCAUCAUGCAGAAGAUCAAGAGUGAGCCCACUUCUCCAAAUUCAGUGUCUUGUCCAGUCAACCUUCCUGGUGGCCCUUCUCUACUUAGUAUCAAAGAUGAAGACUCUGGACCCAAGCAACUUAAAUCCACUGUGGAUCAGGACUUUUCAAAACUAACUUCUCAUUUGAAGCCGAUCACCUCCAAGUUGGCUAAGGAUAAUAUUACAACCAUUGACUCCUGUGCAACCAGUUCUCCGGCGAUGCCUCAAACUAGUUGGGAUGCAAAAACUGAUAACUCUGGAAGUGUGUCAUAUAACUGGGACUCAAAGUGUCACCUCAUUGAAGCUCCUUGGAGGAAGAAUCCACCCACCAACUUAUUAGAACGGACUAAGAUAGUGACAUCUGAUUUGGGGUGUAAGAAUGAGCUCGUCACCAUAGGUCUCCACUCUGCUCCUAAAAUCGUCUCGUCCUUUGAAAAUCCACAGAGAAGCGUUGCACAUAAUGUGACUGAAGACAAGCCUGUCGCUGCUCUAGCUCCUACUGCUGACCUCUUUAAACUACAGAAUCAGCAAUUCCUCAGCGUUCAAAACAUCUGUAGAAAAAAGAGUAGACUGUCAUUUGGUUGUGCUGCUACCAACCCUGACUCAGAACAAAUACCGGAGCCAAAAUGUGUCCUAGAACCUGAUGGGACUGUGCUUGGUCCAUCACUCUUUAGCACUACUGGGGCUGUCCAGCCAGACCCCAUAAAGCAGUGCAGCUACACUGAACAGGCUCACACUGAUAUUAACAUAAACGAUAUAAUCAGCUUCCACAUUGAUCCACCACUAAGACUCACUUGUUCUGUGGCAGCUUCAGGAGGCUGUGAUCCACAUGUCCAAGCUGCCUGUGGCCAAAUGGGGAAUUCAGGUUAUCCUUCCUAUCAGGCUGCUGCUGGUCAAAAAUGGGCGGGUGCUUCAUUUAGCACUGAAAACUCACAUCAACCAUUCAUCUUUUCAAGCCUGAUCUACCCUCAGCAGAUGGUGAACCCCUUCAGUCUUUCUCCUUUCAGUUAUUAUCAUUUAACAUCCCAACUACCUCCAGGGAUGGGGUCUUUCAACACGCCCUAUUACCCAUGGACAGCAAGGAUGGGAAUGUGAUCCCCGAGUCUUCUAUGGACUUGUAUUCAUAGUUGUUGUUUGUUUGUUUUUGUUUUUUUCCUGCCUUCUUGCAUUUUUGUCCUAGAAUUGUUAAAACAAUUUUACAUACGUUAUUCUUGUGAAGUGAUUUGUUUGCAAGCUGUUAUGUUUUCCAUGUUUAACGUACACAGGCUUGAGGGGGAAAAAUGUUAAAAUGUAAAAGGUUCUUGUUUGGUUUGUUUUUAAUCAAAUUCUACAUUGCAUGGAUUUUAGCUAUGGAACUGUUUAUGAAUGCAAGUUUAGUUUUUAGUAAAAAUGUUUGUUUAAAAAAAAAAGCCAAAUGUCUCCUAAUUGUUCAAAUGUCUUUGUUCUGUGAGUUGGAAUACAGAUUUGCUAAUGAUUGUCUAUCAAAUGUGAUAGUUAGACCCCACUAGCAUUACCUUAGUUUUAAAGUUUUUAUUGUUUCAUUGUUGUAACAUGGUAAUACAACUUUUCUAUCCUCUGCUGGCCUGGAGAUGUUCAUCCCUUAAGUGAACCAUCUAUAGUGUCUUGCAAGAUGUGAAUACGCAAUUAAACUACAAUAAUAAAAAGAUGAAUAAAUAUACUUGUAUGCCUGGUA